AUGGUGAAUCUGGAACCCAUGCACCCAGAUAUCAAGAUGAGUGGGGAUGUAGCAGAUUCUACAGUUGCUCGACAUGCUCUCGGCCAGGUGGAGACAGGAAAUGAUCGAAACGGCUUAGAUUUCAACAGGCAGAUUAAAACCGAGGACCUCAGUGACUCUCUGCAGCAGACCCUCUCUCAUCGGCCAUGCCACCUGAGUCAAGGACCUGCCAUGAUGCCUGGAAACCAAAUGUCUGGGGACAUGGCUUCCCUCCACCCGCUCCAGCAGCUUGUGUUGGUUCCCGGACACCUACAGUCUGUCUCCCAGUUCCUGCUAUCUCAGACCCAGCCUGGGCAGCAAGGUCUGCAGUCAAAUCUUCUCCCCUUUCCACAGCAGCAAAGCUCUCUCCUCCUCCCGCAGACGGGGCCUGGCCUGGCGUCCCAGGCAGUUGGGCGCCCUGGGGUGCCAGGAUCCUCUUUAGAACCGCAUCUGGAAGCAUCCCAGCAUCUCCCAGUCCCCAAGCAUCUCCCCAGCUCUGGAGGAGCUGAUGAGCCCAGUGACCUGGAGGAGCUGGAAAAGUUUGCCAAGACCUUCAAGCAGAGGCGCAUUAAGCUGGGCUUCACACAGGGAGACGUGGGUCUGGCGAUGGGAAAGCUGUAUGGCAACGACUUCAGCCAGACUACCAUCUCCAGAUUUGAGGCUCUAAAUCUGAGCUUCAAGAACAUGUGCAAGCUCAAGCCGCUGCUGGAGAAGUGGCUGAAUGAUGCAGAAUCCUCUCCAUCAGACCCCUCCGUGAGCACCCCCAGCUCUUACCCCACCCUCAGUGAAGUGUUCGGGAGGAAGAGGAAGAAGCGGACCAGCAUCGAGACCAGCAUCCGUCUGACUCUGGAGAAGAGAUUUCAAGAUAACCCCAAACCCAGCUCAGAGGAGAUCUCCAUGAUUGCAGAGCAGUUAUCCAUGGAGAAGGAGGUGGUGAGGGUCUGGUUCUGCAACCGACGCCAAAAGGAGAAGCGAAUCAACUGCCCUGUGGCCACACCCAUCAAAUCACCCAUGUACAGUUCCCGGCUGGUGUCUCCCUCUGGGUCUCUGGGGCCCCUCUCUGUCCCUCCUGUACACAGCACCAUGACUGGAACAGUAACGUCAUCCUGCUCCUCUGGGAACAACAGCAGGCCUUCGUCUCCUGGCCCAGGACUCCACGCCAGCAGCCCUACUGCAUCUCAAAAUAACUCCAAAGCGGCUGUGAACUCCUCCACCAGUUUUAACUCUUCAGGAUCUUGGUACCGAUGGAAUCAUCCCACCUACCUCCACUGA